AUGGCGAUUCUUCAAAAUUUGCCAGCCGAGAUUUUCUCGGAAAUCGCUAAACAUUUGGAUCACAAUUCGGUGCAGAGAUUUUUGCGAACAAAUCGACGAUUGCAUAAAUUUGUGAAAGGCGAUAGAUACAAUUUCGCAAAAGUCGACAUCGAUUUGGUGAUCAAUUUGAAUAAGGAAAAGAAUGACGUGAUGUCGAUUUCAAUUCGGAAAAGCGAUCGGAAAAAUGGCGGUUUCAAGAGGAGUCAAGAGUUUCAAUCUUUCCACGAAGUAUUCGAUGAAUAUCUUGGCGAGAUUUUGUCCGCUUGCAAUCCAAUUUCACUAUCGAUUUAUCAAUGUUCAUCAGAUCUUCUCUACAAGCUCACUCAAAAAAUUCAACGAUUUCAAUGCAAGCUAGAAUUUCUGGAGUUGAAUUGCGGGAGUGCGAAUGUGAAAAUCGUUGAGAAAUUCCUGAAUUCAGUCACCCCAAAAAGGAUCGUUUAUCGCGCAGAAACGAAUCGACAUGUGACUAAAGCGAUUUAUGAAACAAAAGCUUUCAAAUCAACCACAGAAUUGGAUGUGAUGGUGUUCCGAAAAAGCGCUUCAAAAUCUCCUCUUCCCUCCGUUUGUCUCACUUCAAUUAAGGCUCCGUUUUUCUCGACAAAUAUCCCAAUAGAAAUCAACAAUGAGACAUUGAAAGGCUUGAUUACGGAUUUCCUAAAAGGAGCUCGUGAUUUCGACGCAAAUCUUGGCUGGAAUAUUCCCUGUAAAACGGAUUUAUUGAAUGAGAUUCUCGUUUUUAGUGGUCAAAAGUUUGAGACGAAAAUUUUAUUGGACAACGAGCAUCGGCCUUGUGGACGACUUUUUGAGUUGAAAAGAGACCGGCAAACGGGUUCAACGUUGCGUUUGAUGUGGACAGCGAGCUCGCUGAUUGUCAACGGAAUUUUGUUCACAUUGCGAGAAAAUUUCGAUUUUAUUGCCGUU